GAGGAGCGCGCCCAGCAAAAUGGAGGCGUCGCCGGCGUGAUUGAUGCGAGUGACCCUCGGCCAGGUCCGCAUGAACCUCCGCCGGCAGCCCUGAACCAGAAGCCCCAGGGAGAUGACGAACGAGUCGGGGGCAGACAAGGAGGCGCGCAGGGGCAAACUCUCUCCCGGCGACACCCGCCACACCCUCCAUGGGGCCGCGGGAGACAGGUGCCACUCCUCCGCGCCCGCGCAGCCCUCACACUCCGCCUCAGCCUCCGCCGCGCCCGGUGCCAUGUUCCCCUACCCGAGCCAGCACGGAGCCGCCUUCUCCAUCGGCGGCGCCCCCGGCCGCUACGUGCACGCGCACCACCACCACCACCACCCGGUCCUGGCCAACGGAGCCUACAGCGGCCUGCUGGGCGCCUCGCCGCCGCCCGCCUACCCGCCGGCCGCCGGCUACCCGUCGUACGCGCCGCAGUACGGACACGCGUACCAGGGCGCCGCCUUCUACCAGUUCUCCCCGGCCCAGGCGGCGCCCGGCAAGGCGCAGGUCUACCUGUGCAACCGGGCCCUGUGGCUCAAGUUCCACCGGCACCAGACGGAGAUGAUCAUCACCAAGCAGGGGAGGCGGAUGUUCCCCUUUUUAAGCUUCAACAUUUCCGGCCUGGACCCGACGGCGCACUACAACAUUUUUGUGGACGUGAUCCUGGCGGACCCCAACCACUGGCGCUUCCAGGGGGGCAAGUGGGUCCCCUGCGGCAAGGCGGACACCAACGUAGUCGGGAACCGGGUCUACAUGCACCCGGACUCCCCGAACACAGGUGCGCACUGGAUGCGUCAGGAGAUCUCCUUCGGCAAGUUGAAGCUGACCAACAACAAAGGUGCCUCCAACAACACGGGCCAGAUGGUGGUCCUGCAGUCCCUGCACAAGUACCAGCCCCGGCUCCACGUGGCGGAAGUCAACGAGGACGGGACGGAGGACAGCAGCCAGCCCGGCAGAGUCCAGACUUUCACUUUCACUGAGAGCCAGUUCAUCGCCGUCACGGCCUACCAGAACACUGACAUCACGCAACUGAAAAUCGAUCACAAUCCGUUCGCCAAAGGAUUUCGGGACAACUAUGACACCGUGUACACGGGCUGCGACCUGGAGCGCCUGACGCCCUCGCCGGGGGAGUCCCCGCGGGCGCAGGUCCUGCCGGGCCACCGCUACAUGGCCAGCCCCUUCCUGCAGGAGCAGUUCGUCAGCACGUACGCCAAGUCCCGCUUCCACCAUCACGGCGUGGUCGGCCCGGCGGCUGGCACGGAGCUGGCCGUGCCCCUGGGCAACAGCUUGCUGUCCGCCCCGCAGCAGAGCGAGGAGGCCCCCAUGGGCGGCCCCCCGCAGCGAUGGUUCGUGUCCCCCGCCAACAACCGACUGGACAUCGCCGCCUCGGCCUACGAGGCCGCGGACUUCGCGGGCAACGCGGCCACCUUGCUGUCGUACGCGGCGGCCGGAGUGAAGGUGCCCCUGCCCGCCGCCGGCUGCUCCAACCGGGCCCUGGGCUACUACUCGGAGCCCCCUGGCUGGGGCGGGCGCUCGCCGCCUCAGUACUGCUCCGUGGGCGGCAAGGCGAGCUCGGUGUUCCCGUGCUGGGCCGCCAACUCCAUCGGCAGCAGGAGCAACUGCGUGGCCGAGGACGGAGACUCCAUGCCGGGCCUGCGCUCGCCCGUCGGCUCCGAGGACGCCGCCAAGGCCAAGGACGCCACCUCCGAGUCCAGCUGGAUCGAGACGCCGUCGUCCAUCAAGUCCAUCGACUCCAGCGACUCUGGCAUCUUUGAGGCGGUCAAACGCCGGAGACUCUCGCCGUCCUCCACCCCGCUCUCCGACACCGUGUCCCCGCUCAAGUCCGACGUCUUGACCCCCGCAGACGCCGACAAGAUCUGCCACAAGGACGCGGCGUACUACGCCUUCUAUCCCAGGUGCAGUACCAGACAUCACCAGCAGGGGGCAGUAGCUGCACAUGUUUUCAUGUCAGGAGCUCGCGUUCAUCCUCCCAAAGGUCAGUCCGGGUCAUCAGUCAUUAGUCAGUGUGCACACACAUCUACAUCCAGCAGGACAGGACCUGGACCCAUGGACUCCCAGCAGGACCAGGACGUGCAGGACCAGGACGUGCAGGACCAGGUCUUGCAGGACUUGCAGGACUUGCAGGACCAGGACUUGCACUUGCAGCCGCUGCUACACUCGCGGGAUGAUGAUGAUGAUGAUGAUGAAGCUGUGGUGGACAGAGGAGGAAUGCGCUUCCAACAAAAUACCAACUUUGAACAGGAAGAUCUUGAAGGACACAGGACUCUGUACAUCGGGGUCCACGUCCCUCUGGGCAGCACCAGGCAGCACAGUCAUCGCAGGAAUCGUCACCAUGGCAACAAGCACAGACGGAGGAGCAGAGAGCGAGUACACACCCUGCUGGAGGGCCCAGACUCUCCUCUCUACGACACUCCCUCGCAGAGAGUCCACCUUCUUCUGGGCGCAGAGGAUGAGGACGAGGAGCAUCUUCCUCACGACCUCUUCACGGAGAUGGAUGAGAUCUUUGUGAGGGAGGGGGGCCAGCUGGAGUGGCGGGAAAGUGCCAGGUGGUUGAAGUUUGAGGAGGACGUGGAGGACGGAGGUGAGCGGUGGAGCAAACCUUACGUGGCCACGCUGUCGCUGCACAGCCUGUUCCAGCUGCGAGGUUGCAUCAUCAACGGCACCGUGCUGCUGGACAUGAGGGCCCACACCCUCACUGACAUAGCAGACAUGGUGUUGGACCAGCAGGAGUUGUACUCCCCGCUGGGUGAGGAGCUGAGAAAGAAGGUGCAUGAGACUCUGCUGAAGCGCCACCAUCACCAGAACCAGAAGAAGCUGACCAAGCGUCUUCCCAUCAUGCGCUCUCUGGCUGACAUGAGUCGACGGGCCUCAGACGUCCACCUGGACAAGAACGGUCAGAUGACAUCAUCGCAGUGUCAUUUAGCAGCUCCAGAUGGGAAAGAGGACGCCAGCAGAGAAAACACUUCUGUGGAUUUAAGCAAGACGGAUCUUCACUUCAUGAAGAAGAUCCCCCCAGGUGCUGAGGCGUGCAACGUACUCGUGGGGGAGUUGGACUUUCUCAACAAACCCGUGGUGGCUUUCGUCCGACUCUCACCAGCAGUUCUUCUCUCCGGACUGGCUGAAGUCCCCAUCGCCACAAGGUUUCUCUUUAUUCUCUUGGGACCACCUGGAAGAGGUCCUCAGUACCACGAGAUAGGAAGGUCCAUCGGUACCCUCAUGACAGACGAGGUGUUCCAUGACGUGGCCUAUAAAGCCAAGGACCGGAAUGAUCUGAUCGCCGGGAUUGACGAAUUCCUGGAUCAGGUCACGGUCCUGCCACCAGGAGAGUGGGAUCCCUCCAUUAGAAUAGAACCACCCAAGAAUGUUCCUUCCCAGGAGAAGAGAAAGAAAAACCCUGUACUGAAUGAGUCUAGUGAGGGUGAUGAAGAGGACCAUGGAGGCCAUGGAGGUCCUGAGCUGCAGAGAACUGGGAGGUGGUUUGGCGGUCUGAUUCUGGACAUCAAGCGCAAAGCUCCACACUACGUGUCAGACUACACGGAUGCAUUUAGUCUGCAGUGUGUGGCCUCCUUCCUCUUCCUCUACUGUGCCUGCAUGUCCCCUGUCAUCACCUUCGGAGGACUUCUGGGAGAGGCAACAGAAGGACGCAUAAGCGCAAUCGAGUCACUUUUUGGAGCCUCGCUGACGGGCAUAGCUUAUUCCUUGUUUGCUGGACAGCCGCUCACCAUUCUGGGCAGCACCGGCCCGGUGCUGGUUUUUGAAAAGAUACUAUUCAAAUUUUGCAAGGAGUACGGCCUGUCCUAUCUGUCCCUCAGGACCUGCAUCGGUCUGUGGACGGCCUUCCUCUGCAUGGCCCUGGUGGCCACGGACGCCAGCGCCCUGGUUUGCUACAUCACGCGCUUCACGGAGGAGGCCUUCGCCUCGCUCAUCUGCAUCAUCUUCAUCUACGAGGCCCUGGAGAAGCUGCUCACCCUGGGGGACUACUACCCCUUCAACAGGAACAACCAGCUGGAGAAGCUCACCUUGUACUCAUGUUCCUGCGUGGAGCCCUCCGACCCCACCAACACCACCCUGAAGUACUGGGAGUUCAACAACAUCACGGCCUCGGAGAUCUACUGGGAAGCCCUGGAGGUCCAGGACUGCGUGGAGAAGCGCGGGGAGUUUGUGGGCAGGGCCUGCAGCGUGAGGGGCCCCUACGUUCCUGACGUGCUCUUCUGGUGUGUCAUCCUCUUCUUCUCCACCGUCUUCAUGGCCGCCUUCCUCAAGGAGUUCAGGUUCAGCAACCACUUUCCCACCAAGGUGAGGUGUGUGAUUAGUGACUUUGCAGUUUGCAUCACCAUCUUCACCUUGGUCCUGGUGGACUACGCCUUCGGGAUCCCUUCUCCCAAACUGAAGGUGCCCAGCGUCUUUAAGCCAACCAGAGACGACCGAGGCUGGCUCAUCAACCCCCUGGGACCAAACCCCUGGUGGACCGUCAUCAUAAGUCUGUUCCCAGCUCUGCUGUGCACCAUCCUGAUCUUCAUGGACCAGCAGAUCACAGCGGUCAUCAUCAACAGGACGGAGCACAAACUGAAGAAAGGCUGUGGCUACCACCUGGAUCUGUUCAUGGUGGGCCUGAUGCUGGGCGUGUGCUCGGUGAUGGGCCUGCCCUGGUUUGUGGCGGCCACCGUGCUCUCCAUCACGCACGUCAACAGCCUGAAGCUGGAGUCUCAGUGCUCGGCGCCCGGGGAGCAACCCAAGUUCCUGGGCAUCAGGGAGCAACGCUUCACUGGACUCAUGAUCUUCACCCUCAUGGGCUGCUCCGUCUUCAUGACCUCUGUGCUCAAGUACAUUCCCAUGCCGGUGUUGUACGGUGUCUUUCUCUACAUGGGAGCCUCUUCUCUCCGAGGAAUACAGUUCUAUGACCGGCUGAGACUGUUCAGCAUGCCCGCCAAGCACCAGCCAGACCUGGUCUACCUGCGCCACGUCCCCCUGAGGAAGGUGCACCUGUUCACACUCAUCCAGCUCAGCUGCCUGCUGCUACUCUGGAUCAUCAAGACCUCCAAGGCGGCCAUCGUCUUCCCCAUGAUGGUGUUAGCGCUGGUCUUCAUCAGGAAGCUGUUGGACUUUAUCUUCACCAAGCGAGAGCUGAGCUGGCUGGACGACCUCAUGCCCGAGAGCAAGAAGAAGAAGCUGGAGGAUGCCGAUGAGGAGGAAGAGCAAAGCAUCCUAGCGGAGGAAGAGGCUGUCCUGCAAGUGCCGUUGGAGCGCUGCACAGGGUUACCUGUCAUCAACAUCACAGAUGAGAUGUCCAAAGGUUCUUUUGGAAACAUGUGGAACACCACCAGUUAAAAUCCAACAUUUUACAGUAAGAGACUUUUACAGUAGUGACUUGUAAACACAAACAUCAUCAUCAACGUCUUGUUGAAGAAAUCAUGUCAAUCAAAACCAGGCAGAUAGAAUUACGUCUUGUGUUUUUAUGAUCAAUUCCGGUUUCUUUUAGAUACAUUUUUUAUGUUAGAAAUAUCCAGUCAACA